CCAUAACUUCUUCCCUCUCAGCCUAAUAUCAUAAACUAACAACAAUUCCAAGGAGAAAAAAUAUAUACAAUUUUCACAAAUGGAAGAAAAGUAGACGUAGCAUUUUACACAGCGGUGAAUCCUUGAUAUGGUACUUGUUAGUGGUCUGGUUUCUAUUUUAUGAUAAAGUUGUCUCUUUUGGAGAAUUUUUAUGAUAAAACUGGUAUUUUCUAGGUAGUUGCGUGUGUUUAUUUAGCUUAAUAGUAUAAUAGAACAAACUCAAAAAAACUGUCCCGUGGAGACUGUGGUGGGUGGGAGUCUGGGAGAUGUAAUAUCGACUAAACACCACGUUUUUUCAAUUAACUGGACACUGGCCGUCUCCCUCUCUCUAUGAUAAAUAUCAGUUUCCUAAGCCUCCGUCGCUCUGCCUCGUCUCAAUUAUCUUUGCAAGAAAGGUAAGGAAGGAAGGAAGAAGAAGAAGAAAAAAAGAAAACGGUCAUGGCAGCCGGUGUAACGCCGUGUGCAAUUCGAGCAUUAACUCAAGAUCCAUGUUUCAGAGUCCAUUUGAGAAAUGGUUUCCAGGGAGAAGCUUUGCCUCUCUACAAUUUUUCCGGUCGCCUCGGACAAGCAAUGUUGUUGUUAAGGUCUCUGGUGCUGCCAUUAGCAAAGACAAUGGAAAUGCUGUCCCUGUUGCUGAAGCACCAGUGCCUUUCUUUGCUCUCUCCAAGGGUCAAUGGCACACAAUUUCAGUUUUUAUUGGUGAUGAAAGUGGAAUAAUAAAUCGGAUUGCUGGUGUUUUUGCUAGAAGGGGUUACAACAUUGAGUCCCUUGCAGUUGGUUUAAAUAAGGACAAGGCUCUCUUUACCAUAGUUGUCCGUGGAACUGACAAGGUUUUGCAACAAGUAAUAGAGCAGCUUAACAAGCUUGUGAAUGUCAUAAAAGUGGAAGAUAUCUCUCGAGAACCACAAGUAGAACGGGAAUUGAUGCUUUUAAAACUCAAUGUGGAUCCAAGUACCCAUCCUGAGAUCAUGUGACUGGUGGACAUCUUCAGAACAAAAGUUGUCGAUAUCUCAGAGCAUACCCUGACUAUUGAGGUCACUGGAGAUCCUGGGAAGAUGGCUGCUGUUCUAAGGAACUUAAGCAAUUUCAGGAUCGAAGAACUUACCAGAACUGGAAAGAUUGCUCUAAGAAGGGAAAGGAUGCGUGAGACUGCACCAUUUUGGAGAUUUUCUGCAGCUUCUUAUCCUGAUCUUGAAAGGACACAGCCUGGUGAUGCCUUUUCCAGUAAUGCUGUGAAUAGUUUUUCAGGGAAUUCAAAUGGAUCACUUAAUGGCAGUGGCAUUUCAUCAUCUAAGGGUGAUGUAUAUCCCGUGGAGCCUUAUGAUGACUACUCAAUGAAUCAAGUUCUUGACGCUCAUUGGGGUGUUCUUUAUGAUGAAGAUUCAAGUGGAAGUCAGUCACACACACUCUCUAUGCUUGUGAAUGACUCUCCUGGUCUUAACAUGGUCACUGGUGUUAUUUCCUGACGAGGUUAUAACAUUCAGAGUCUUGCUGUGGGUCAUGCUGAAAGAGAGGGAUUUUCUUGCAUUACAACCGUUAUUCCUGGAACUGAUGAAUCAAUUGGGAAGUUGGUAUUGCAUCUUCACAAGUUGAUAGAUCUGCAUGAGGUACGCGACAUCACACACUUGCCAUUUGCAGAACGAGAGUUGAUGCUGAUAAAGAUAGCUGUAAACACUGCUGCAAGAAGGGUUGUUCUUGAUAUUGAUAGCAUAUUUCGGGCCAAAGCUGCUGAUGUGUCUGAUCACACGAUUACCCUUGAGCUUACAGGUGAUUUAAACAAGAUGGCUGCCCUGCGGAGACUACUAGAGCCAUUUGGGAUUUGUGAGGUGGCACGGACUGGAAGGGUCGCAUUGGUGCGGGAAUUAGGCGUGGACUCCACAUACCUCUGUGGUUUUCCGCUCCCAUUGUGAUUUUAAGAUCUUUAAUCGCUUCUUGUCUCGUCUCUUCUGAAUGUUGUCUGUCUCAAAUAGGGUUCCUUAUCCAUUCUCUCUUGUGCUUUCUUUUUCCUUUAGAGAAGGGGAAAGAGAUGAUAUUGAAGUUUCCCACUUCUUUGUCAUGCUGCAAUGUUCACAUGGUGAUGGCUCUUCAGUUGAGUAAAAGAGGAAAUUAGUGUCUUCCUUCUUUGCCUUGAGGGGAAAAAAAGGCCUACGAAUCUUUGUAUACGUGAAUAGGAAGUAUGUUCCUACUGUCAAGGACUCGAGGGUUGGUUUUAGAAUAGAGAUCACCUUCUUCCUCAUCUUUUUUCAAUGCAUUAGUAAACCUACACAAGCAAUACAGUGUCUAUUAUGCUGUGACUCGAAGUUUUUCAUGGGAGGGAGAGGGCUGCAAUCAUAGGGCCCAAAAAAAUUGCAAAAAAAAAAAAAAAAAAAAAAAAAAAAA